ACUACAAACGUCGUCACAAUUCCGUCUUCUUGUUCUUCCUUCACCCUGACUCGCUCACUGACUCAGUUGGGUGCUUUGUAUCGCGUGAUUCGGGCCGGUCAGCACUAAACUCGGCCGAUGAAGUGCCGAUCCGUCGCGUGCCUAUGGUCUCGAGCGCCUCCAUCUCAUCGAGUCACCGCCACAGCCGCUCUGACCAAUCCCCCGACUCUUUACACCGGCGGAUCCGAUGGGUCUAUCAUCUGGUGGAGUAUCUCUUCGUCCGAGUCCAAUUCGGAAGUUAAGCCGAUUGCUAUGUUGUGUGGCCAUGCUGCACCUAUAGCAGAUCUCGCUGUUUGUGAUCCCACCACAGUUUCAGGAAAGGGAGUUACAUCAGAUUGUUCAGAUAGUUGUAAUGCGGACCCAUUUGUUGAUUGUAGUGCACUGAUCAGUGCUUGUACUGAUGGUGUACUGUGCGUAUGGAGCAGAAGCAGUGGCCAUUGUAGGCGUCGAAGAAAGUUACCUCCUUGGGUGGGAAGCCCGUCGAUUUUGUGUACUUUGCCAUCAGAACCGAGAUAUGUAUGUGUUGGGUGUUCUUAUAUUGAGAGCCAUUCUCUAGAUACUGUUGAUGGAGCUGAAGCUGUAGCAGAUACAGAUUUUCAGAACAGAAAACCGUCGAGAUGCACUGUGGUUGUUGUGGACACUUAUACUCUUACGAUUGUUCAUACAGUUUUCCAUGGGAAUUUAUCUAUUGGCCAUUUAAAGUUCAUGUGUGUGGUUCAGUUGGAGGAACAGGAAUCAUUGCUCAUGGCUGAUUCAUCUGGUAGGCUGCAAUUGGUUCCAGUGUCAGAGAACUCUGAGAAGGGUGAAGAUGUAUCUGAAUCGAGCAAAGGCUCUGUCGUGUCUAGAAACUGGUUAAAUAACGGGGAAGUAGCUAUAUCAGUAAUAACUCGAGGGAAUCUUGUUGCUCUUUUCUCAAAGAAUAGGAGUGUCUUUUGGUUGUUGAAUCAAGGGGAGGCAAUAGGAGAGAUAUCUUUCGUAGACAACUCGUUUUCUUCCGAUUUUCAUUUCAAAGAAGCAGUGUUAGUUUACUCUAGUACAUCAGCUACCGAAGGUGAUAAAGAUGAUAUAAUUUCUGAAACUUUUGUGCUUUGGGAUGAAAAUGGUUCUGCUGUGUUGUUUGAUAUGUCGUAUAUAGAUGGUGAAUUUACAUAUAAGAACCGUGGUGAGAUUGUUACUGCCUCUGAUCAGCAUUCAGAAAAAUCAUCGUUUUGUUUUGUACAGUUGAGGCAGUAUCUUCUUCGCGUUGAGUCUAGCUGUUGUGAUAUUGAACAACCUUUUCAGUGGAGGCCCCAUAUAACUGUCUGGUCACUCUCCCUAGGAAAUGGUGAUGAAAAAGAACUCCAGCUUCAGUGCAAAAUGCUUGGAGAAGGAUCAUAUUUUACUGAUUGGAUUUCAAGCUCUUGUUUAUAUCGUAAGGGCUCGAUUGGUGUAGAACCUGGUAUUUCUCAUUUAGGAAGUCAAUGCACUACCGAAAAUGAUCUACGAAGCUUUGUUAGUGACAGUGGACAGUGUGUGUCAGCUUCCAUGGUUAUUUCAGAGAACAUGUAUGUCCCAUAUGCUGUUGUCCAUGGUUUCUUUAGCGGUGAAAUAGAAAUUGCAAAGUUUGAUUUUCUUCAUGGACUUGAUUCACCUGCUUCAAGCCCGAGAUCAGACACUGAUUCACUUGUCUCUAAGCAGCAUCUCUUGGGACAUACAGGAGCUGUUCUAUGCUUAGCAGCGCAUCGAAUGCUUGGGUCUGCAAAAGGAUGUAGUUCUUCUCAUGUUUUGAUAUCUGGAAGUAUGGACUGCACCAUCCGCAUCUGGGAUCUUGAGAGCGGCAAUGUAGUCAUGAUCAUGCACCAACAUGUUUCUCCGGUGCGCCAAAUCAUUCUUGCACCCGCUCGAACAGAAUACCCAUGGAGCGAUUGCUUUCUAUCUGUUGGGGAUGAUUCAUGUGUUGCUCUUUCUUCUCUUGAGACAUUACGGGUCGAAAGGAUGUUUCCUGGGCACCCAAACUAUCCUGAAAAAGUCGUUUGGGAUGGUACAAGAGGCUACAUUGCAUGUCUUUUCCGCUCCCUUUCUAGGAAAUCAGAUCCAAUUGAUGUUUUGUACAUAUGGGAUGUAAAGACAGGUGUUCGAGAACGUGUUCUCCAUGGGGCAGCUUCACAUUCCAUGUUUGAUCAUUUUUGUGCUGGCAUUAGUGCGAAAUCUCAAUCUGGCUCUGUGUUAAAUGGAAAUACAUCAGUUUCCUCUUUACUUUUCCCAGUAGAUGAAGAGAGGAAACCAUUUUAUUUAAAGAACUACGAGAGAGCAGGCUUUUUGCCAACAUCUAAGCCAAGUGCUUCACAGGAACAGACUGGAGAAGAGAGUUCUAGUGUUUCAUCUUUUUUCCAAAGCAUCGGAUACACUCCCAUCAAAUGCGCUUGCCCGGUCCCUGGAAUCUCUACGCUGAUUUUCGAUCUUUCGUCUUUAGCAGUUUCUUGCCAAACACAUGAAGACUCUGAAUUACAUAAGAUACCAGAAGAGAGUAGUGGUAAGCCGACCGCGCAACAGAAGACUUCAAACAACAAGUCUCCUGUCCAGAAGACUGUAGAUAACCCUGCAGAAGUUGUUCACAUGGACAAGGCAAUUGGGGAAUAUCUAAUUCGAUUUAGUUUAUCCUUUCUGCAUUUGUGGGGUAUAGAUUCUGAACUCGAUCAAAUGCUAAUAGCACAUCUAAAGCUAAAAAGACCAGAGAGUUUCAUUGUAGCCUCCGGUUUGCAGGGGGACAAAGGGUCAUUGACAUUAGCAUUCCCGGGUUUAAAUGCAACACUUGAGCUCUGGAAAUCAUCUUCGGAGUUUUCUGCGUUGAGGUCACUGAUGAUGGUGUCGCUUGCUCAGUGCAUGAUAAGUCUGUCACAUUCCACUGCCACAGCUAGCAGCACCUUGGCAGCAUUCUACACACGGAAUCUGGCAGAGAGAUAUCCUGAUCUGAAGCCACCGUUACUCCAGCUUUUAGUAACCUUCUGGCAAGAUAGAAGUGAACAAGUCCGUAUGGCUGCUCGGUCUAUAUUCCACCACACUGCUUCUUUGGCAAUACCUCUUCCGUUAUGCAGCGAUUACGCAUCAGAACACGCAAAAUUGGUGAGAUCCCUAUCUGGAAUCAAUAUGCAAGAACCUAAAGCUCUUAGCUCAGAAGAAGAACAGCCCACAAACAGUUUGGACUCUGAGCAUAACCAUGAAGCUCAACGGCUUUCUCAGGCAGAGGAGUCGGAGCUACUCUCCUGGCUUGAGUCUUUUGAAAUGCAAGACUGGAUUUCUUGCGUUGGUGGAACAAGUCAGGACGCAAUGGCGGCUCACAUCAUUGUCGCGGCUGCCUUAUCAAUCUGGUAUCCAAGCCUUGUUAAACCUGGUCUAGCCAUGCUGGUCGUCCACAAAUUGUUGAACCUGGUUAUGGCCAUGAGUGAGAAAUACAGCUCUACUGCUGCGGAGCUUCUCUCAGAAGGAAUGGAGACUACAUGGAAACUGUUGAUCGGACCUGAUAUUCCUCGGAUAGUUUCAGACAUAUUUUUCCAGAUUGAGUGUGUGAGUUCCUCAGUUGGGGCACAUCAAGCUGUACCAUCGUCUAUAAAGGAGACUCUGGUCGAAGUUCUUCUUCCGAGUUUAGCAAUAGCAGAUGUCCUUGGGUUUCUAAGUAUAAUAGAGAGCCAAAUAUGGUCCACAGCUUCUGACUCUCCUGUUCAUGUAGUAUCUCUCAGAACUCUCAUCAGAAUAAUCCGUGCUUCUCCGAGAAAUCUGGUGCUGCAUCUUGACAAGGUAGUUAACUUUAUUCUUCAAACGAUGGACCCAAGCAACACCGUCAUGCGUAAAACUUGCGUACAAACCUCAAUGGCUACGCUGAGAGAAGUUGUGCGUGUAUUUCCAAUGGUAAUCCUAAAUGAUUCAUCAACAAGAUUAGCAAUUGGCGAUGCUAUCACAGAGAUCAACAAUGCAUGUAUCCGCAUAUAUGACAUGCAAAGUAUGACAAAAGUAAGGGUUUUGGAUGCGAGUGGACCUCCUGGUCUUCCAAAUUUGCUCAGAGGAGCUUCAGAAUCUGCGGUAACAACCGCUAUAUCAGCUCUCAGCUUUUCACCAGAUGGAGAGGGGUUGGUUGCGUUUUCAGAAAACGGGUUGAUGAUCAGAUGGUGGUCACUAGGAUCUGUUUGGUGGGAGAAACUAAGCCGAAGCCUCACACCUGUUCAAUGUACAAAACUGAUAUUUAUGCAUCCAUGGGAUGGUUUUUCAUCGAACUCAACUCGGACAAGUGUGAUCUCAAGCAUCACAAGCCAUGAGCAAGAACUUCCUCUUCAGGAAACCUCAAAGAACAUAAGCCACGCAGAGCGGCUAAAGCAGCUUAUACACCAUCUUGAUCUCUCUUAUCGCCUCGAAUGGGCCAGUGAACGAAAAGUAGUUCUAACAAGACACAGUAUUGAGUUGGGCACUUGCUUAUUGUAAGUUGUAACAGCGAAAGUAAUCAACUGUAAGAAUUCAGUCAGUCUUAAUCCAUUCUUCUCUUUUUGCUUGAAAGUUUUUUUGGCAGCUUUCCAAGAAUAGCAAAUUACUAAUACUGAGUCAAUAUUUUAUAAUAUAUUGAAAUAU